CCAACCCUACAAUGCCUAAAUUUGUGCCUCGCCAGCGGAAGCACAAGGUGCUCGCCCGCCGAAAGCAAUCGCAUGAUUAUGCGCCAGAGGCAAAUGCAGAAGAAAUCCUCCCCAGAGAGGAGCAGGAGCGCGCGGAAAAGAAGCAGGCGCUGAAGGAGGAGCUCACUCGCGAGGCGCAAGGCAAGAUCAGCGGAAAAAAGAAGAAGCGCCUCGACAAGUAUAUUGAUACUAAGCUCAAGAAAGAGGAGAACCUUGCGAUUCUCAAAAAACUUGCCUCGCAAAAAAUCGAUACCAGCCUAUUCCAGAGCUCUAGUAAAUUGGGAAGCGGAGCAGGAACUAAGAGGGAGACGCUGCGGCGUGCGUUAGCAGAACAAAGGGCUAGGAUAGACGUGGAAAAGAACGAAGGACUGUUGUUUGAGAAACGGACUCUGAGAGAGCCGGAAGACGAGAGCUCAGGAUCCGAAAGCGAGGUCGAAAUCGCGCCAAAGCCAGUCUCACAGCUUUCCUCAACUCCCAAAUCCACAUCGCGCAGACGCGACCGAUCGCCCUCGGAAUCCGAGAACGAAGACGGUGUCGCGCCGCCUGUGGUGUCGGUAGCGCCAACACAAACUGCUGGACUAUUUGGCAGCGGCCUGAAGCGACCAUUGGAGUUGGACGAGUCGGGCAAGCCGAUCCUACAGGUACGGAAACGACGGAAAGGACAAGACAAGCCAAUUUUGAUCCAACAAGAGGUGGAAUGGGAAGGGUUCAAUUCAGACGAGGACGAAGAACUCGAAGAAGACACUGAAGAAGAGUCUGCGAGCGCCGAAUCAGAAGAAUCCGAGGACGCAUCUGGAGAGGAAGAACUAUCAGGCUCCGAUUUCGACGAAUCAGAAGAGGAGGGUUCUGAUGAAAGCGACAGUGAGAGCGAGACCAGUCAUGAUGAAAACACCAAGGUUGCAAGGAAAGAAAGAACGUCGGCCUUCAAAGCCUGGGCAACGCAACAGAGGAACGAAGCCAUUGGAUUCGUUCCCACCAACAAUCUAGAGUAUGCACUGCCACCUACACCCGCGGACUUUAGACCUCGCGCUCCCGAACAAGAUCCACUGCCCCCCGAACUGGAAACGAAGACUGCGACCGAUUCCACGAGAAAGGCGUUCAGUGUUGUUGUGGAAAGAUCACCUGAAAUACAAGAGUCAAGGUUACAGCUUCCGAUCGUUGCAGAGGAACAGAAGAUUAUGGAGGCGAUACACAACAACGAUGUGGUCGUAGUCUGGGGUGCAACCGGUAGCGGUAAGACCACGCAAGUGCCGCAGUUUCUCUACGAAGCAGGAUAUGGAGCUCCCAAUGGACCAACACCAGGCAUGAUUGGCGUUACACAACCACGACGUGUGGCUGCCGUGAGUAUGUCGAAGCGUGUCGGAGACGAACUCGGCGAGCAGGGUACGAAAGUGGCUUAUCAGAUCCGGUUCGAUACCUCUACAAACGCCAAAACAGCCAUCAAGUUCAUGACGGAUGGUGUUCUAUUACGCGAGAUUACUCAAGAUUUUGUUCUCACGAAGUACUCGGCAAUUGUCAUUGACGAAGCCCACGAGCGCAGCGUGAACACGGAUAUCUUGAUUGGUAUGCUUAGCAGAAUCGUCGAUCUACGAGCUCAGAUGGCACAGGAAGACCCGAAGAUUAAGCCUCUGAAACUGGUCAUCAUGUCUGCUACUCUCAGGAUCUCAGACUUCACAGAGAACAAACGGUUAUUCCGAAGUGAACCACCUCCACUGAUCAAGGCGGAGGGUCGACAAUAUACGGUUACGAAUCACUUUGCCCGUCGCACUCAAAGAGACUAUGCCGAAGAAGUGUACCGCAAAGUGGUCAGAGGUCACCGCAAGCUACCUAAAGGAGGCAUGCUCAUAUUUCUCACUGGCCAAGGUGAGAUCGCACACUUGGCGAAGAGAUUAAAGCAAGCCUUCUCUUCGACGCAAGGUCACGAUGUUCAAGCUGGAAAAGUCCAGAUUUCUCCAGCUGAGGCACCUCUUGAAACGGAAGACAUCGAGCUAGGUUUGAAGGAUGAAGAGUCCCAAGAUCACGAUGGAUCGGACUCCGAGGACUCUGUGAUCAUGGGACUUGACGAUGAAGACGACAAAGAGUUCGAGAUUGAGGAAGAGAAUCCAGAAGACACGGUCAUGAAGGUGCACGUUUUACCUCUUUAUUCGCAAUUGCCGACGAAUCAACAAUUGCGAGUCUUCGAACCGCCUCCCGAUGGCUCUCGCCUUAUCGUAAUCGCAACAAACGUCGCGGAAACAAGUUUGACCAUCCCGGGUAUUCGCUAUGUGUUUGACUGCGGAAGGGCGAAAGAGAAGAAGUACGAUCUAGUCACUGGCGUACAGAGCUUCGAGAUCGGAUGGAUCAGCAAGGCCAGUGCGAAUCAGAGAUCGGGUCGUGCUGGUCGUACCGGUCCUGGUCACUGUUAUCGCCUGUACUCCUCUGCCGUAUUUGAGCGUGAUUUUGAGGAACAUGCCGCGCCAGAGAUCUCGCGAACGCCACUCGAGGGUGUAGUGCUGCAACUGAAGAGCAUGGGUGCGCCGGUAGUCAACUUCCCAUUCCCCACAUCGCCAGAUCGCGAGAGCUUGCAGCGAGCUGAAAACUUGCUCUCAUAUCUUGGAGCGUUGUCUCCUGAUGGCAAAGUGACAAAGCUUGGCCACGAGCUUUCACUCUAUCCUCUCAACCCAAGGUUCGCUCGGAUGGUGGCCAUGGGUGUCGCGCAGGGCUUGACAGCUGAGACGAUAGCUCUAGUGGCUGCGCUCUCUGUGCCGGAACUCAUCAUCCCAGAAAGCAAGCUUGGCUUGCGAGAACCAACCAAGGAUCCCGAGGCCGUCCGCACAGAGGAAGACAACAUUGAAGCCGAGGAACGCUCUCGUCUUCGCAAAGCUUACAAUGGUGCGCUAGCAAAGUUGAGUGCCAAUGCGAAGCAGAGUGACUGCAUCAAGUUUAGCAGCGCGAUAUGCGCAUAUGCAUACGAACCAGACUCGCGGCGGUUCUGCGAAGAUAUGUUCUUAAACGCGAAAGCAAUGAACGAAGCCAGCCAGCUCCGUCACCAGUUGACCAACAUCGUACGCGCACACAGGCCAACUGCCAUUGGCGGCUAUCAAGCAAAGCUACCGGCUCCCUCGGAAAGAAACAUCAACCUCCUCACCCAGAUCUGCGCAGCAGGCUUCAUCGACCAGAUUGCUAUGCGUGCAGACCUAGCACCCACACCACCGGAUCUUCCACGGAAGCCAAAAACAGCUAUCGAUGUUCCCUAUGUGACGCUUUUCUCAUCUCAAACGGAUUUCAGGUCAGACGACCCGAACGAGAAAUACGUAUAUCUUCACCCUUCGACCUUGCUUGCUCGCACACCUCCAUCGAAGCUCCCGGGCUACAUCAUCUACUCACAUUUGCAACGUGCAAGUUCGUCUACCAUCGACAGCACAAGGGUCCCGAAAACGCGCAUGCAUCCACUCACUCCCAUCACACGGCCGCAAAUCAUCAACAUCGCUCUUGGCACGCCACUGCUGCAAGCUUCAAAGCCAAAGGGUAAGAUUGCAGACUUGCCCCGCGAGAAAGGCGCGAUGGAGCGGAGGGAGUGUGAGGUCGAAAUGAGUCUUGUAGGCGACAAGGGAAGUCAAGGAUGGGGAUUGGGUGUUAGAAGAGUGGUGCAGAGGAAGGAGGGGAAUGGACAGGGUUGGCUGGUUGAGAAAAUACUUGGGUGAGGCUUGAGUUGCGAGCAUCUUUUGGAUUCGAAGGAGGAGUCUUGAUAAUUUAGCAUGGUUUCGCUGUCAUUCAUGCAAUAUUUGGCAGGUAGAAGAGUAUAUGUAUGGAAGACAUGCACUUAGAUACCCCGAUAAACCACCCGUUUGAUAUAAUUGC